AUGGUAAAAGAAUGGAGAAAUUUGUUUGAAAAAGAGGAAAGCAUGGGCAAGUUGAGCAUUUUGGAUAGUGACGAGAAGGGUAUUAUAAGUAGACUGGAAAGGUCAGUCUGUGACGUACUAAGAGAGUUGAUUGAUGGAAACAAGAGGGGUCAAAUUUAUAGUUCAACUUGCCUAGUUUCAGUUAUGAAUAUUCUCCACAGGAAUGUUAAAGAAGGUUUCCAUUCAACUUUAAGGGAUAUUUAUUAUAACAACCCAAGUUUAUAUACAAAACAAAGUAUUUCGGACAAAUAUAUAGCUCAAGUAACACAUCUGGUACAUACUCCUAGAGAGCUUUUAAAUGUGGUUUCCACAGCUAGAGGAAGAAUAAGAGGUCCUUUGGUUAUUCAGGGAUCUGAAUUUGGACUUAGUGCUGGAAGAAGUGAAAGAAGAGAAGUGAGACUGGAUUGUAUGUCAGUUUUCGAAAGUAUGGGGCAUUCUAUAAGCCCAUAUUUAUUUAAAAGGAUGAAUGGAUUAAAGUUUACUUACUACUCAAAAAUCAAGUUUGUUUUGGUAGUUGAGAAGGAUACAAUUUUUCAGAGACUUUUAGAGUUUGGAUUUCACAAAGAAUUUGAUAAUUCUUGUAUUUUGAUUACAGCCAGGGGGUUUUCCGACCUACCUACUAGGACAUUACUAUACAGACUAAGUCAAGAUCUUCCAGAGGAUACCAAGUUUUGGAUUUUAUGUGAUUACGAUUGCUUUGGGCUUUCAAUUGCAGCAACAUAUGUAAUGGGGGGAAAAUCAGAUACUUGGUACGAUUCGAGUUUUAACAUCUCAAAACUUUUGCCAAUUAGAGUUCCCCCAGUGUCAAAGUUAAUAGAGAGUAAGCUUAUAACAAACGAUAAUGUUUUUAAUAUGACAGAAGACGAAAUUUCAAGGAUAGUUAACACCAGAAACAGAUUAAUAAGUUCAAAAGAAAUAUCGGAAGAGUCAAAAUUAGAGUGGAACUUAGUCUGCCAGCAGAUGCAGGAAGACCAAAAAAGAUUUGAAAUUGACUGUAUUGUAGGGAUUGAAGAGUGGCUAGUCAGAUUAAUAAAAUCUACAUUGCAAGAAUGA